AUGAACACCAAAACUAUGCGUCUUCCGCCACGUCGCGUUCUAACGCCAGACAAGCGCAAAGAAAGAGAAGGCGUUAUCUCCUCCGUCGUCCAAAAACCGCCGGAAACCUCCGUGAAAAAGCUUCCUCCGCCGCAGAUUGUUAAUCGUCCGCCUGUUAUAUCCAAUACAAAUAAAUCUCUAAUCGCAGCCGAGCCGGUCGGCUCGAACCAGCUAAUUUUAGCGGGCUACUUGAGUCACGAGUUUCUCACCAACGGCACACUAUUCGGGGAGCAAUGGGAUCCGGCUCGAACCCAAGCCGGUCCGAGCGAGUCGAAGAAGUUGAAGCGGAGCCAUAUUACUGAGCCGACUGAUGAAAAUGAGCCGAAACGGAAGACGUAUGAGGAGGUUGCUAAUCUUCUACGGUCAGACGGGGCCCACCUGCCCGGCAUCGUCAAUCCUGCCCAACUUGCCCGUUUUCUCAAACUGUGAUCGGCGUACACGUGUUGACAGAUCAUUGGUCUGUCGUUUGGCAAGAAAUACAGGUCUAAAACAGGAACCUUUCUUUCUCCCUCUCUCUCUCUAUCCAUUUUUUUUCUUCUGUCAAAUGUUUUUGAAUCCUCUAUGUAAAGCUGAAUCUCGCUCUAUCUUCUUCGUCUUCCUCGAGAUUGAUCGAGAAGAGUUAGGGUUUGUUGUGAGGUAGAUGUUCGUGUCUUUGUACAUCAGACAUAUCAACUAGUCAAUCGAUUAAAAUUCUCAAGUUUUAAAUUAAUUUUGUGAAUUUAUGAUGAUAUGACGGUGAAUCGUAUGAAUCCGAUCCAUACAUGAUGCAAAUUUGUGAUAUAUUUUAUCCGAAUUAUUCAAUUCCGUG